UAACCGAUCUGUUAUGGCGUCAAAUUGGCAGGGUACUCUUCGUUCGACCGAGCAAGGAGAAAUGGUGCAGGCAAAAUUUGGUUUGCCACAGACUGCUGUUAGACAGCUAGAGAUAUACACAACUGCUGUGCUCCUUGCAACCCUACGUCCCCCUCAACCACCCCGAGAAGAGAAAUGGCGUAAUCUCAUGGAGGAGAUCUCAAAAAUCAGUUGCCAGAACUACCGAAGCACCGUUUAUGAGAACCCAGAGUUCCUUGCCUACUUCCACGAGGCUACACCCCAAGCUGAACUAGGCUUUCUUAACAUAGGUAGCCGCCCAACUAGGAGAAAAAGCUCAACGGCAAUUGGACAUCUUCGUGCUAUUCCAUGGGUAUUUGCAUGGACCCAGACUAGAUUUGUUCUUCCAGCCUGGCUUGGUGUUGGAGCAGGAUUAAAGGGUGCUUGUGAGAAGGGACACACGGAGGACUUGAGAGCAAUGUACAAAGAAUGGCCUUUCUUCCAAUCUACCAUAGACCUUAUAGAGAUGGUUUUAGGUAAAGCAGACAUUCCAAUAGCCAAGCAAUACGAUGAAGUGCUUGUGUCAGAGAGCAGGCGCGAACUCGGUGCUGCACUCAGGACAGAGCUCAUGAGAACAGAGAAGUAUGUAUUGGUGGUUUGCGGGCAUGAGAAACUAUCUGAGAACAAUCGGAGCUUGAGGAGGCUGAUUGAAAGCAGGCUCCCUUAUCUCAAUCCAAUAAACAUGUUACAAAUUGAGAUUCUCAAGAGGUUGAGACAUGAUGAUGAUAACAACAAACUAAGAGACGCCUUGCUGAUUACUAUCAACGGCAUUGCUGCUGGGAUGAGGAAUACUGGUUAAAGCCUGUUAUUUAAAAUCAAGUCUCUCUAUUUAUCUCAUUUGAUAGCAAAGUUACUAGUACACUAGUAUAUAUCCAAUGACUUAUAGUUAAGUAUUUAUGGAAGAAGAUUACACUAUGAAUUCUUAUAUAAGCUUUUUGGCAUAGUUAGUUCUGUAUGGAACUUGCAUUGUUUCAUUUGACAGCACAAGGGAAGAGCACUGCUAUCUUGAAGUUAUUAAAAUAUAACUGUUAAUGAUGU